AUGGCCUCAGUAGACAGCCCCAAACUGGACUUCACGACAUUCCACAACACGAUCGAUGGCAAGCUGACUGCGACAUCUACCACACGCCGCGGCGUUAACCCAGCUACCAAAGAGCUAAUAAAUGCUGAGGUUCCGGUUUCGACGCUGGCAGAUGUCGACAAUGCCGUUGCUGCCGCUCAGGUUGCGUUCAAAAAGUGGUCUAAGACUACGUUCGAAGAGCGUAGGAGGGCUCUUCAUGCGUUUGCAGAUGGCCUGGAUCACUACAAGGAGGAGUUUGCCGACCUCCUUGUUCUCGAGCAGGGAAAGCCGCUAUUCCAAGCUAAUAUGGAGGUUGAUUUGGCUGUCAAAUAUCUUAAGACUCUCUCCCAGCUGGAGCUGCCUGAAGAGGUUCUAGAGGUUACAGAGGAACAUAGGAUUGUCGGCCGUUAUACCCCCCUAGGCGUGGUUGGCGGGAUUAUCCCGUGGAACUCGCCGGUUAUCCUAGCCUGCGGGAAGAUUGCUUCUGCUAUUUACACGGGUAACGCAGUCAUAAUCAAGCCAUCGCCCUUCACCCCUUAUUGCGACCUGAAGUUGGGCGAGCUUGGGAUACAGUACUUCCCGCCUGGGGUACUCCAAGUCCUUAGUGGUGGAGAUGACCUCGGGCCCAUGAUGACAGUCCACCCGGGGAUCGAUAAGAUCAGCUUCACAGGGUCAAUCGAGACUGGGAAGAAGGUUAUGGAAAGCUGCGCAAAGACGCUUAAACGCGUAACACUGGAACUAGGCGGGAAUGAUGCAGCAAUUGUGUGUGAAGACGUUGAUAUUGAUACCAUCAUUUCAAAGGUUACUAUUGCCUCCUUUCUAUGUUCUAGCCAGAUCUGCAUGAUGAUCAAACGGUUAUAUAUCCAUGAAAAGAUCUAUGACCAAUUCCGUGACGCCCUCGUCAAUCAUGUCAAGGCACUAAAGUCGGGCGAGGGCCACACACCUGAUGUAUUUUUUGGCCCGAUCCAAAAUAGCAUGCAGUAUGAGAAGGUCAAAGCCCUCAUGCAAGAUAUUAAUAAAGAGGGGGUUAAGUCCGCCCUUGGUGGAGAGGUUAAAGACUCAGAGGGCUACUUCAUUACACCAACCAUCAUUGAUAACCCCCCUGAAACGUCACGUAUUGUAACCGAGGAACCCUUUGGCCCUGUUCUUCCACUCCUUAAAUGGGUGGAUGAAGAUGAUGUCAUUGCUCGUGCAAAUAAUACGAAGACGGGUCUCGGGGCAUCCGUGUGGAGCAAGGAUUCGGCCCGUGCCGAGAAGAUAGCCCGGCAGCUGGAAGCUGGGAAUGUUUGGGUGAACACGCAUUUCGAUAUCUCCCCUAAAGUUCCUGUUGGAGGACAUAAAUGGAGUGGCAUUGGGUCUGAAUUUGGUGUUAGCGGGUUGAAGGCUUACUGUAACCUGCAAUCCCUCUGGCUAUGCAACAUGUAA